ACUUCCACUGUUUUUGUUUUUGUUCGUUUCAUGCAUUCUUCCCAUACCUAGGAUGGCAAACUUUUCUUCCUCCCAUUCCUCCCUUUCCUCCCAAUCUAACCCCCUGUAUGCUUAGGGAUGGGUUCCUAGAUCAACGUUUUUUCUGGGCAACUUGGCCACCUCUCACAGCCCAUGCUUCAUGGUUGAUCCUUUUUGAAUGCAGCAAUCGUUUAGGAUCAGUUGGUCCCUCUCUCUGUGCAUACUUCAGGGAUGUAGCUUUAAUGUAGUCCUACAGGAUUCCACUGGAAGAGUGGAAAGGAGAAGAAAUUAGGAGGGGAAUGAAAUAGUGAUUACACAGCUCAACAAUGAUAACUUUCUUCUUUGCAAUAAGGCAGCAACAGAUAAAAGGAGAGAGAAGAAAAAUGGAGGUCCAGCUCCACAAACUUGUGAACAAGAGAGAAGUAUGUGCGUUGGAGUGCUUUGUUGUGGGAUUUGAGAUGUCCAAAAAGAAAUCCAAGAAGUCUGAGCAAAAGGAGGGAAGUUCGGAUGGCUUGGAUAACAAACCUUCUUGUUCUAAGACUACCAGUAAUAAAACAAAGGCAUCCAGCUUGGCAAGCUCAACACCUUCCUCAGAGAAAAGAAAAUGGAAAUCAGAAGAGACAGGAAUCUGUAACAUAAAAGGACAGCUAGAAUUUCAAAGAUUCAAAGUACAUAAAGAGGUUCAAGAGAAGAAACAAAAGCAAAGUUCCUAUGUUCCACAAGGCACUACUGAAGGGUUCCAAGGAGAGUCUUCAAACGAUAGCAAAACAAUCAGUGCUGUUUUGAUUCAAACUGAGAAACGAAAAAGGAUAUCUAUACAGUUUAAACAUCAUGAUGUUAAACAUGGAAGAGAGAAAAGCCAAAGUGAUUCUGGUGUGGUCCCUACUAGCAGGGAAAUCUGUAAAAAAGACCACUAUUUUGACAAUGUUGGAACAGGAGGGAAAAUGGUGCGGCAUAGUUUUGCAAUCCAGAAGGACAUGGUGAGGAAGAAGAAGAAAGAGAAAACUGAGCUCAGCAAACUAAAGGCUAGAGUUGAACAAACUAUGUUGGAGAAGUUCAAGGUAGCUACCUUUCCUACAGACUUGCUGAGUAAGAAGUUGCAUGGAUCAAAAAAACUGAGUGAUGAUUUCAGAAGUCUGAAAAAGUCCUCAGCCACCUUUCCAAAGAGUGCAGGAGAUGGCAAUUUCCCCACUAAUAUAUCACACACAUCAUUGAAGACUUGUAAGAAUAAAGAACACCUAGAAAACCCCAAAGAACUAUCUAACAAAAAUCACCAUGUUACUAAACAUAUACCAUUAUUCUAUUCAACUGCAACAUCUAAGGAAUGGCAGUAUCUUAAAGAGAAGAAACAGCAUUCUGAUUCCAGCAAAACUGUUAGUUCAAGAACUGAAGGAAGGACCUUUGAAGCCAUACCAUUACAUUUAAGACAGAGCUCUGAAGUCCCAUGCCCUUCUGCCUCCCAUCAAGCCAUUCACAUUACAGAGACAGACCAAGAGAUGCAAAUAAUAGAGGACUUGCAUGCUGCUCGUAUUGACAAAAAGAUAGCUUUGCCAGUCGUGCAGACUUGUGGAGAAUUGACAAGUAUGGAAAUAGAUCUUCCAGAAGAGAAUGCAGAUAUUCCAGCUGCAAGUGCUACUUCUGGUUCGAACCUCUUGAUAGUGAUUGACACCAACAUAAUGAUUAGUCACCUUCAGUUUAUCAUGACUUUGAAAACUAGAGAUAUACCAGGCAUUGGCAGACUUGCACUGAUAAUUCCCUGGGUGGUUCUACAAGAACUGGACAACUUGAAGAAAGGCAAAGUACUACAACAUGUUCGGCACAAAGCUGUCCCUGCAGUUCAGUUCAUCUACACUUGUCUCAAAAACCAAGAUUCAAAGCUGUGGGGGCAAUCCAUGCAGCUUGCCUCUCAGAAAAUAUAUGGAUUGAGUGAUGAAAACAAUGAUGAUCGUGUUUUACAAUGCUGCUUGCAGUAUCAGAGUCUUUUCCCUCAAGCUUUUGUCAUACUGUGCACGGAUGAUAAAAAUUUAUGCAGCAAAGCCCUAGUGAGUGAUGUAAAGGCCCUAUCCAAAGCAGAUUUGGUUACUUCACUCCAGAACCUGAAUGUAAACAGCCAUCAGAACUGUGUUGGCCUACAACAAUCAAAAACAGAUACUGGGUCCCAGAAAACCAAGAGGGAAGAUCCCAGCCUUACUACUCCACUCCUAAGCAUUGUUCCUGACCUUGAAAAAAGUUUAGGAGAAGCUUUAUCCUCGAUAUUAGAAACUGAAAUGAAAAUUGCUUUUGGAAACUUGUGGAUGGAGGUACUGUAUCUGAAGCCCCCAUGGACCCUAGCAAGCUUAUUGCAGUGCUUUAAAAAACACUGGAUGGCUGUAUUUGGCUCUAUUGUGCCAAGAAGCUUACUUGGAACCGUUGAAUGCCUGCAUGAACAUCUUUGUAAAGGUAAGACAGUUGACCACAUAACAGCAAACAUCCUGCUCCAGGAAUCUAAAAAGCUAUUGCAUGCUUUCAGCUCAAGGUCAGACUAUGAUGGGGUACUUCCGCAGGCUUUUGCUUAUGUGACUAAACUGCUCCAGAUGCUUGCAGAGGUUCGGUCAGACAGUGGACAAAAAUCAUCAGAAGCCCUGACAGCUCUUUCAGAAAACACUGCAGGUUCAAAAAUGGAAGAUGUGAGGCUGCAUCUGCAAACAUGUGAGGAAGGCAAGUCAUUGUCAAACACUCAGCUGUCCCAAGAUAAAAGACAUCAGGAAAUCUGGUCUGUCCUUGAAAGCAUUUGGAAUACAAUAAACCUGUACAGUACUGAAAUUUUCCAGAAGCUGGAUCACAAUAUCACCACCCUCACCACUGCGAAAAUAUCUUCAUUUGAAGAAGCUUUUUUAGGCCUACAGAAACUGAUGGCAGCUGUGAAUAAUAUUCUUGCGGGGAUUCGUAGAGUUUUGACCCCCAACAGUAGUUUUCAAGACAUUUGGACGCUUUAUAACUUCCUAAUCAGUAAUGAGAUAAAUGCCAGCAUAAAAUUUACGGCUGAGGAACUCUAUGAGUGUGUUUCACAGGAAGUGUAUAGAGAGAGAUUAACAGUUGGAUGUUGCCAACUGGCACAGCUGGAAUACACUAUUACACAAUGCAAUGCAUCUGUCCAUAUGGAGGCCAAAAAUAGGGGCUGGUUAUGAUACUACAAUCAACUUCAGGUUUUGAUCUACACUGUUCUCCCUGGAGCUUCCCCCGCCUUAAAUUAUACUUGUUUUUUAAAAAUAAAAUGGGGAACUUUGUCAGGAGAGCAACCACAAUCUAGUCCAGUUUUUUUCAGUGCUGUUUAAAGUGUAAAUUAAUCUACUUCCUGAAUUAUUUUUUUUUUCCAUUCAGCUAGCAACAGGAGUCCACCAGCAGCAUUGUUGGCAUUUGCGUUAUAUCUAGUCUUCCCGAGAUUAACACAAUCCUAGAUGUUGCCACUAGGAUACUUAACAUACAUCAUCUGUUUGGACCACUUUUAAAUUAAAGUGCAAAAAAUAAAUAGCCAGUGUUUUUUGUAUAGUAUAGAAGACCACCCUGUAAACACCUCCCUUCUAUCACAACCAAAAAGCAAGAAAACAAAGUGUGGUGUAAAACUUAAGAGGUUCAAGACAAAAUCUACAAAAGCUAUUGUUUUCAAAGAUCUUAAAUCCAAGCCAGAGGACAACCUUUUUGGUCUGCCUAAAAGAUGACAGGUGAAGAGUUGAAAAAUAGGUUUCACCAAUUUAGAAAGAGUUUAAAAGUUCUCUUGCCCUCCUCCAGUUCACUGAUCAAGUUAACCCUUUCCUGUAUGUACUUGUCUGAGUGGUAUUGAGAAUUUCCUGUCCUUAACUUAAGCAAAGGUGGUGCAGGUUCUGAGACCCUAGUGUUUCUUAUAAGGUGUAUGAGUUAAACAGCUACUAACAAGUAAAACUGCCUAAAAAUUGCUUCCUCUAAAUUAUCUGGUUUUAUUUACCCAUACAUGAUUAGUAAUUCUAUUUGUCCUGUCCCUUACAGUAGAAAUUUGGAUGGUUUUUUACCUAGAAGUCAUCUUAAAAAAAAAAAAUACCAAAACACACCUACCUUUUCAACCUACCUUUAUAUAUAAAGGAACUUUUCUACUGCAGGGCACUGUCAAAUGAUUUCCCUUGCUGCUGUUCAAGUUGCACACUUUGCUGUUGGAAUGUAACUAACUUGUUUCCCGAAACUGAGUUCACAGCUAUUCAAUUUGUCUACUGCUAUUUACAAUACUUCUGGCCUUUAACACUACUUAUUUGCUUGUACAGAGAUACUUGUAUCAUUGAUUUUUUUAAUAUAUUUUGACUCUGUAAAAACUUUAUUGGAAGUGUAACUAAUUGAAGUUUAAUUCCUUAAUAAAUUGUGCUAUUUUGCACAGUUGUAUCUUUACUAUGUAGAUGCAAAUGUGUCCACUCACCACUUAUAGAAAAGAGCAGGAUGAGAUUUUAUUCAAGUCUUGAUAAAGUUUGGCAAGCAAAUUCUACCACACCUGGGGUGGGGUGGGGUGGGGGGAAUAUUUCUUUUGUUCGUGUUCUUCUAUACCAUUUUAUGUACUGAAUUUCCAAAUGUCUCAGAAGCUGCUACAGUACAGGCUCUCAGUUGCGGAAAAAAUUGUUUUUUAAAAAUACCUUGCUGCCCCAUUCUGAGUAUUCUAAUGUGUACCUAAUAUGCUUGGGGUAAAAAAAAAAAGCUUGUUCAUGACAUACUGUCAAUGCUGUUGUCCUCAAACACUCUGACAACUUCAUUCUUCAAGGCAGCAGUAAAACUUGGUGACUUGUCAGGAAUGCAUCACAGUGUGUAUAUAUGUAAAACAUAUGCCUUUUUUCCAGAUCUACUAAAAGUUAGAUAGCUCUUAGUAAUUUUCUGACCAGUUAAUAAAACUAAUUUAAUAUGGCUUAAUGUCUGUCCUGAGCUAACAAUGCCUAAUCAACAUUCAGCUUGUGGGCAUUAUGACUUCUGGGUCCACCUCUCAAAUAUUCCAGUUUAAUUAAUUCCAGUGUUCUGUAGUUAAGAUGAAAUGUAGCAAGGCCUGUCAUUGCUGUACAGAGUUGGAAAGGUGUAAGACUGACAAAAGUUGGUGGUGCUCACUGUGAGAAUAUUGGUCCUGAGCCUAGACCAAUUUUAGCUAUACAGAUCAGAACUUUAAAAUGUAGUUAGAAAAACUUCAGUUACUUAGAUUUGAAAGUGCUAUGCUUUAGAAUAGUGCUAAAUGAGCCACUUUAAGUUCAGUAUUAACCAAUUGUAGAAAACCUGGUCUGUUUUGCUGUGAGAAAAAUAUAUAAAUAAAAAUAGUAAAUGAAACAA